GCAUGCGCAGUGCGCCGGGCUGGCUUCCCAAGCUCGCGCUCGCCCCGUUCCCCUCACAACAGCGGUAACGGCGGACACACACGGCCUGCCAACCUCCCUUCGGCGGGCCGCGAGCAGAAGGGCUCCUCUCUCCCCGGGAUGGGCCGGGCCUUGGAAUGCGAGGCUGCUGCUGCUGCCGCCGCCGCCGCCGCCGCCCUCAUCAUCCUGGGUUGUCGUCGGCAAAGCCCUGAAGGGACCGAAGCGACGGUUACAUCAACUAUGACUACAUGCAUCUUAGAAGCCCAAAGGAACAGCAAGAUGUCAAACUAACACUCACACUCCUUGUCAGGGCCAGUCCAGAAAAUCAUGCAGUCAUCUGGGCACAGGUUCCGCGACGUCGAGCAUCACCCGCUGCUUGCCGAAAAUGACAGCUAUGAUUCAUCAUCGUCGGAGUCUGACAUGGCCGACCGGGUCUGGUUCAUCCGUGACGGCUGUGGGAUGGUCUGUGCUGUGAUGACUUGGCUUCUCGUUAUCUAUGCGGAUUUUGUAGUGACAUUUGUCAUGCUGCUGCCUUCCAAAGACUUUUGGUACUCCCUCAUCAAUGGGGUCCUCUUCAACUGCUUGGCGGUGCUCGCCUUGUCCUCGCACCUGAGAACAAUGCUGACUGAUCCCGGGGCUGUUCCGAAAGGAAAUGCCACGAAAGAGUACAUGGAGAGUUUGCAGUUGAAACCAGGCGAAGUGAUCUACAAGUGUCCAAAGUGCUGCAGCAUUAAACCAGAACGUGCCCACCAUUGCAGCAUUUGCAAGCGAUGCAUUCGGAAGAUGGAUCAUCACUGCCCCUGGGUCAAUAACUGUGUGGGGGAAAGAAACCAGAGGUUUUUUGUGCUGUUUACUAUGUACAUAGCUCUAAUUUCAGCUCAUGCUCUCAUCCUGUGUGGGUUUCAGUUCUUCUCCUGCGUCAGAGGACAGUGGAUUGAAUGCAGUGACUUUUCACCACCUGUGACUGUGAUCCUGUUGAUCUUCUUGUGCCUUGAGGGUUUUCUGUUUCUGACGUUUACCGCAGUAAUGUUCGGCACCCAGAUCCACUCGAUAUGCAACGAUGAAACGGAGAUUGAAAGACUGAAGAGUGAGAAGCCUACAUGGGAACGGAGGUUGCGCUGGGAAGGAAUGAAAUCUGUCUUUGGGGGCCAGCCUUCUCUGCUAUGGAUAAAUCCGUUUGCUGGAUUUCGAAUCAGGCGGCUUAUGCUAAGAGCUAAGAAAGGAGGUCCUGAGUUUUCUGUUUGAGUCUGUCUAAUCAUGCUGGAACUCACAAAAAGUAGUAUAUUGUAUUUAUUGGGCACCAGGAAAAAAGGAAAAAGCUGCCCACAAGUAACCUGUGACCAAUGAAGAUUUGACACACAUGAAACAUUUUGCUUGUAGCAAGCAGAAUUUUAUACAUUUAUAGUCACAGACAUCUCAUUAACUCUCAGAAGUGUAAACUGGAUACUACCACACAUGGCUUUCAAGCAAGAUGACAAAACAAUCAGAAACAACCAAGAAAGGUGGACAGUCACACUAUGAAGCCAAAAUAUUGUCUUUACUACUGUAACUUAUUAUUUUAGAGGACUAAUUAUGCAUUUAUUUUUGUCAAACCCCUUUUAUUUGAUAUGUGUCCUUUUUUUUUUUAAAGGAGUUGACCUCUGCUGUUUUUAUAUGACUUUGUGGCAAGGCACAGUUGUCAAUCAUGUUAUUAUACAAGUACAAAUGCUGGAAACCACGAGCCAAAAGAAACCAUUUUUGACCUGAUAGUUUUUAGGCAAUGCUCAGCUCCAUUAUGUAACUUUUCUGUUUGUCCCCAAAGACCCCCUCAGCUGUACUUCUGCAUGUGGGUAUCUGAACAGGUCUGUAAUCCAUUACCUUGUAGCCAAAACAUACAAGGCCGAUCAGUGUCCAAAAUCUCCAUAGGCUCAGAAAUGUAUUCUUUUUUGGGGAUUCAAUUUUAAGUGGUAAGUGUACAGAAAUCAUAUCACAGGGUUUUGUUCUACCCUGAGGUAUUUACACCAAUUUCCUGUUCAUUAUAAUUUCUAAGGGAACUCAUCAUUAGGUGUAUUGAAGGAUUACUUUUUGUCCUUCUGAAAAGGGGGGCGGGUGGAACCAUGGGUAUAAACUUCUGGUGGCAUGAAAAAUUGCAGAUUGGAAGUCUCUUAAUUUAACCAACAGCUUCAAUUGCUUCUUGCAUUUCAUUAUAUAAAUUCGUCAGAAUGCAAGCCAGGCCUCUCAAAAACUAUGGGUAAGACCUAGUGAACUUGAUAUUCCAAAAUAUGCACAUAGGGGGUGGGAAUAUGUAAGCUGCAAUAGAUCUGAAGAACAAGCAUGUCUUUAAACAUGCUGGCCUGCAGCCAGAUUCUAAACAUGCUCUGUGGAAGUCAGACUUGCUGGUUCCAGAUGGCCUUAAUUGCUGAGUUCACUGAUGCGCCAUUGUUGCAUGCACUGCUGCCACAUAACACACCAGUUUUCAUGCUCAUUGCAGUGGGAGAGGCGCCUCCUGAUUCCGCAAAGGGAUUGUUGUAGUGGCAUUGUCAUGUUGAAGCUAUUGGCACUACUCUUAUGAGAGCACUGAGUACUCCUCAGCACUCCUACACAAAUAUGGGGCUCAUGAUGAAUCUUGAAUGUGUUUGGGAAUGUUGCCAAUUGUUCAGAUAGUCUCCUUGCAGCCAUGCCAACCGUGUGACUCAUAGCUGCACUUGCUUACCGUUAACGGCAAAGGAGAUGGGCAGAUUUCUUCAGAAGCAAGUGCAGUACUUGACUGUGAGGAUUCCAUGUAAUGAUUUAUUUAUUUUUAAUCCUUGGCAGCAAAAGGAAAUACAGCACACCCUACCAUAUUCCAAACAAAACCACUUCUGAACUAGAGAAAUCAGUGGUAUCAAACCAGCUUUUACCAUCCCUUGUAGAGUGAAACCACUACAUGGUCUGAAUGUGCUGCUACAUCUGCAAGUAAUGAAACAUUGUCUGAAGGGGGUGAUGUGUGCUCAGUAGCAGAAGCUGAUCCUCCCCCCCCCUUUCUUUUAAUGCCAUUUAAACAGGAGACUUCACACCUUGAGCAUGCAUGUAUAGAAAGGAGAAAUGUUUUUUGAGGGCGGGGGGAGCCUUUCUAAAUUGAAACCUGCCUUUAAACAUAUCGAGGCUGAGCUUUCACUUAGCCAUUGGUUUCGCAGUACCAGCAUGCUCAAGAAUCUGGGGGCUGGCACACCCCACAGAUGACAGAUUAUGCAUGUGCCUGGGGAGCUGGGGCUUUGCUGAUAUCACCCCAGCACUUCCCACAGCUGAAGAGAAGUGGCUUAUUGAGUUGAUUGCGUCUUAUGUUAUUACAAAAGCAAACAAACAGCAAGCAAAAUUCUGUCUCAUGCAGAAUUCCCUCUUCUGAAUGACUUGUAGGCUAUAAGUUUAGUGUGAGGCUUCCAGUAGGACAGGCAUCCCCAAACUUCGGCCCUCCAGAUGUUUUGGACUACAAUUCCCAUCAUCCCUGACCACUGGUCCUCUUAGCUAGGGAUCAUGGGAGUUGUAGGCCGAAACAUCUGGAGGGCCGCAGUUUGGGGAUGCCUGCAGUAGGAUCUUUAAUUCCUGGAGGUUCACUCGCAUAUUUCUCUAUGUCUCUGUGCAGCGUCUUAACUAUAAUGACCAGAAUUGUGUUUUAUAGCAGGAUGGCAAUGAUGCCCAAGCAUGUGUCCCCAUGAAGGGGGCUUCCUGCAUGACCAUUUUGGUCCUUGGCAUUAAAUGAAAACUGUGUAAUCUGGAGGAAUGGAAGUACAGGGGGAGAAACAAGAGAUACAGCGGAAGGGCCUGCAUACCAGUUCACUGACCCUCCUAAUAUAGGUGAUAAAUUUGUUACAGGCUCCCCCUCUUCACACACACAUAGUGUAAGCUGUGGGGCAAGCACACUGUACAUACAUCCAUGUAAACAAUUAUCCCUUGGAGGAGGGGAAUUGGGCCCCCGUCAGGAGAGGCUGCUUACAAAAUCACAGUAUUUAUAUGGUGAUGAAGGGGUCCUAUUUGCUCUCCCACCAUGCAAGGCAUAAACUGGAACCAUGGUGAUCUGUGUACUACCUGCCAUGCAGAAAAAUGCGUUCACCGCAAGCAGGUGGUGACUUGUAGCGAAGCCAGGCACACACAUUCUUACAGGUGAACUAAGUGACCUGUAAGAAUCAAAAAAUGCUCAGACAAUGCCUCAAGGGAUCUUUGCAGUCCAUUCUCGGCCCAUUAACAAAAGCCUGCAGUUUGUUCUUAUGUACAUAUUCACAGUUCUGUCAAGUCUGCACGUGUUACUAGGGAAGCAGAACUUGCAAGCAGAUAAAUACCAUUAGAUUCGGAUCACCAGAGCAAGGGGUAAAAAUGCAGCAAGCCCAGGAAGAUCUUGCCCAUUUCCAUUUUGUACCUUCACCUAGUUUGAGAAUUGGUUAUAUCUACUUUAACACAAGCCUUCAUACAUACACUUUGAUGGACUGUAUACUGCUGGAACUCAGCAAAUCCCUUUUAAAGCAGCUGAACCUGUGUGUGACUUAGCAAGUGUGUGUGUGUGUGUGUGUAUGAAAAUGAGUUUCUUGGCUUUUUGAAUCCUUGUUCUGUUGUAAUUUUUUUAAUGUAAAAUAAAGUAACUAAUUGAG